CAGCCAUAUAAGCUCUUCUUCACCACACCAGCAUCAGUCUCUGCCUACUCCUCUAUGCGUACUUGUUAAGCGAGAAGACAGGAACUGUUUUUUCCGAUCUGUCCAUUGUUUCCAAACCCUGAUCUUAAAACCCUAAUUCCUUUUCGUGAAACAUAAAGAGAAGAUGACGGGAAGUAACCUUAAGGGCUCCUCCCAUAAGUCAUCUUCUUCGUCUUCUCACCGGAAAAGCAGGUGGGAAUCUGGUAAGAAUACUAAUUCCGAUCGUAAUUCCGGCCCCGCCGGUGAUUCAAAUCCCCCCAAACCUUCAUCGAAUUCUAAGGAUGAUUCAGCAGCUCCUGGCCCAUCGAAACUUCCUCACGAUCCAAUCCCUCCAUCAGCUCCUGGUCCUUUUCCGUCAGGCGGACCUGGUGCUGGAGCUGGAACUGUAGCCGGAGCUCAAUUUCCGUUUCCAGAUCCGGCUGGCAUUGGUCCUCCUCCACCGCCGGCUUAUGGCUUUCACAUGCUUGAGCGGCGAACCCUCGCGUUGGCCGAUGGUAGCGCUCGGUCUUACUUUGCUCUUCCCCCUGAUUAUCAAGACUUUCCGCCUGCUGAGAAGUUCUUAGCAUUUGGGCGUGAACCGGGCAGUCUUGGGUUAGGGUUUGGUAAGCAUUUUCCACCUGGUGGGUUGAGUCCUGAGGGAGGCUUCCGUCGUGAUGGCAAUGAGCUAUUUGGUCGUGGUGGUGGGGGGCAAUUUGAUCACUGGAAUUCCUUAGGACUUGAUGGGCGGCUGCCACCGGAAGGUUCACUGAAGAGGAGGUAUGGAGACGAGGACGAAAGGGAUGGCAGAGAGAGAGAGGAAGUUGCGAGGCAGCGACAUCAGCUCUUGCGGUAUGGGAACCCUAAUGCAAAUUCCACUGGGUUUUCGUCCGGUUCUGGCGACCGGGAAGAUUACUUGUCUGGGAAAGGUAGCCCAUUUCGACGGGAUCCUCUGGACUCUAACAGGGGAGGGGAUGAUUUCAGUUUGAGGUCUUCAAAGCUUAUGAGGGUUGGAGGGGAUUACGGCGAUAUACCUUCCAGGCAUGGCGUUGUUGAGGAGGGUCUCAAAUAUCCUGAUGUAGACGCACAUGCUCUGAAGAAGGCGUUUCUUCGUUGCGUAAAGUUAAUCAAUGAGAAUGCAUCUGAAGGAAAGAACUAUCUGGAGGAUGGGAAGCAUGGACCUCUGCAAUGCCUUGCUUGUGGCAGGGCAUCUAAAGAUUUUCCGGAUACGCAUAGUCUUAUAAUGCACACAUUCAACUAUCAGAAUUCUGACUUGCGUGUGGAUCACCUUGGCUUGCACAAGGCCCUGUGUAUUAUAAUGGGGUGGAGCCAUGCAAAACCCCCUGAAAACUCGAAGGCGUACCAGUCAUUAUCUGCUGAUGGAGCAGCAGCUAACAAGGAUGAUCUGAUCAUGUGGCCGCCUGUGGUGAUUAUUCACAAUACAAAUUCUGGAAGGGGAAAAGAUGGCCGGAUGGAGGGUAUGGGAAAUAAAUCAAUGGAGAAUAAACUUAGAGAUCUUGGUUUUGGCGGUGGGAAGUCUAAGUCCUUGUAUGGGAAAGAUGGUCAUCUGGGCAUUACCUUGGUGAAAUUUGCCGGUGACCAGUCUGGCCUGAAGGAAGCCAUUCGACUAGCGGAAUUCUUUGAGAAGGAUAACCAUGGCCGUCAAGGCUGGGCUCGUGCACAGUCUUCACAAUUGGGCAUGGAUGAUGAAAAAAAUCCAAACCUGGUGAAGGUGGAUGAGAAGACAGGGGAGAAGAAGAGAAUCUUCUAUGGGUAUUUAGGAACUGCAUUUGAUCUGGACAAGGUUGACUUUGAGACGAGGAAAAGGGCUGUGAUUGAGAGCCGAAGUGAGUGGAAGCCAUCUAAUUAAUUUCAAUGACAAUGUAAGGUACUGUAUCUUUGAAAUUGCUGUUCUGGAGAUGAUAAACCUCCUAAUCUUUUUUUUCCCCCAUAAUAGUUUUGGGAAAGCAGGUAAUGUUUAAAUUGUUUUUCUUUUCCUUAAUUUGAUUUAUUUUGGGCUAA